CGGGGCUCCUCUGGCUGGCUUGGAGGGAGCCGCCGGGCCAAUGACAGCGCGCUCCCCAGUUCUGCGGGCUAAAACUGCUGGUCCCGCCCGUCAUUCCUCCCUUCCGUCCCAUAAUACCUGAACAGGACGAACGAACGACCUCUCGCUUUCAGAUGGUCGAAAGACACAGUCUAAUAUUACAUCGUCAACCCCCGACAAUCUCGGCGGAAGCGACAUCAAAUCUGGCGUGAAGGGAGCGCUCCCACUUGCACCAUGGCGGUCUUCGCCAUGGGCUGGCAAAAGCCCGACAAUGUCGCUGGCUCCUCGGCGCCCGCGAUCAUGGUCGGGCUGUUCGUUGCCACUGGCGGCCUGCUAUUUGGUUACGACACUGGAGCGAUCAACGGGAUUCUCGCCAUGGAUACGUUCAAGGAGGACUUCACGACGGGCUACACCGACAAGCAAGGCAAACCGGGCCUGUACGCGAGCGAAGUAUCUUUGAUCGUUGCGAUGCUCAGCGCCGGCACGGCUACCGGGGCAUUGUUAUCCGCGCCGAUGGGGGAUCGUUGGGGCCGUCGUCUGUCCCUCAUCGUCGCCAUCGGGGUGUUCUGCGUCGGAGCCAUAAUUCAAGUCUGCGCAACCAACGUGGCGAUGCUUGUCGUGGGAAGGACAUUGGCGGGCAUUGGAGUGGGGGUCGUCUCCGUCCUGGUUCCGUUAUAUCAGUCAGAAAUGGCGCCAAAGUGGAUUCGAGGAACACUGGUGUGCGCGUAUCAGCUGUCCAUAACGGCGGGACUGCUCGCCGCCGCAACCGUCAACAUCCUCACUUACAAGCUCAAGUCGGCUGCGGCUUACCGUAUCCCCAUUGGGCUCCAGCUCACCUGGGCCCUCGUCCUCGCCCUGGGUUUGGUCAUCCUCCCCGAGACACCUCGGUACCUGGUGAAGCGCGGUCUCAAAGAAGCCGCCGCGCUCUCACUUAGCCGCCUCCGCCGCCUCGAUAUCACACACCCGGCCCUGAUCGAGGAACUAGCUGAAAUCGAGGCAAACCACGAGUACGAAAUGGCCCUGGGGCCAGACACCUACAAGGACAUUAUCUUCGGCGAACCGCAUCUCGGCCGCCGAACCCUGACAGGCUGCGGCCUGCAGAUGCUGCAGCAACUCACCGGCGUCAACUUCAUCAUGUAUUAUGGAACGACCUUCUUCUACGGCGCCGGCAUUGGCAACGCGUUCACCGUUUCCCUGAUUAUGCAGGUUAUCAACCUAGUGUCGACAUUUCCCGGCCUCUUCGUCGUCGAGUCGUGGGGUCGCCGCAAGCUCCUGAUUGUGGGCUCGGUAGGGAUGGCUAUCUGCCAACUUCUGAUCGCCUCGUUCGCCACUGCCAGCGGAAAUGACAAUAAACCGACGCAGAACCAGAUUCUCAUCAUCUUUGUUGCCAUAUACAUUUUCUUCUUUGCAGCAUCUUGGGGCCCCGUCGUGUGGGUCGUCACGUCCGAGAUCUAUCCCCUCAAGGUCCGCGCAAAGUCAAUGUCGAUCUCUACGGCUUCGAACUGGGUCCUGAACUUCGGCAUCGCGUACGGCACGCCGUAUCUGGUUGACACUUCUGAUGGGUCACCCGACCUGGGGUCGCGAGUGUUCUUCGUGUGGGGUGCCUUUUGCAUCCUCUCGAUUGCCUUUGUGUGGUACAUGGUGUACGAGACGAGUAAGAUCAGUCUGGAGCAGAUUGACGAGAUGUACGAGCGGGUAGCACACGCUUGGAAUAGUCGGAGCUUCGAACCGAGCUGGAGCUUCCAGCAGAUGCGGGAUUUCGGUUUCUCGGACAGUGGUAUCCCCCCUGCAGAACCACAGCUCGAGCUUCAACAAUCGAACGCUAGCACAUCCCAAUCCGACACGGGCGGAAGCUCAGCGACGCAUGCGACGGCAGCGAACCCGCAAGACGCCAAGAUGGUGUCGCAACUGGCGAAUAUCGACCUAAGUUACUGAAUCCUGGGUUCUGAGUCUUACUUUGUUUUUUUGGAGCAAUCUUGUAUAUAUAUAUAUCAGCGACGGAGUUUUCAUCAUGAAGGAGUUCACGGGAACGGGCGUACAAGGCGGGCAAAUCUUGGGGUCUCAACUGUCGGUCGCUGGACGGGGCUAAACGG